GGCUCCUGAAAGGAACAUGGAGGACAAGAUUAUUUUCCUAUCCCGCACUACAACUUUUGCAGCUGCCCACCAACUGAGAAGCAAAUAUCUGAGCAAAGAUGAAAACCUGUCCACCUUUGGAAAAUGCAAUCACAUCCACGGACACAACUAUCAAGUGACGGUCACUAUACGUGGAAAGAUUGACCCCAUCAGUGGCAUGUUGAUGAACACUUGCAAGCUACAUGAAUACAUGGAGAUGGCCAUCACCAACCCUCUUGAUCACAAGAACCUGGACGAGGAUGUGGAUUAUUUUGCCAAUGUCACAAGCACGACGGAGAAUGUGGCCAUGUACAUCUGGAACAGCUUGGAAAAAAUCCUGCCCGCGGGUUGCCUCUACAAAGUGAAGAUCUAUGAAACGGACAAAAGCUUUGUUGUUUUUAAGGGCAACUAAACUGCCCCACCCUUGCGAAUGAAAGAUGGGGACCAAAGUCUGGCAACCCUAAGAAGACCCCGUCAAGUUCAACUUAACCGCUUCAAGGAACUACAAUAGCCGCUUUUGCUAAGGCGCAUCUCUACAUGUACCAUGUAUCAUGCUCGAUGGUUGGGUGCAGAGCAUUGGGACCUAGUAGGCUACAAAGCAUGGGGCGAGGUGAGGUGAAAUAUCCCCUCCUCUUUAUAAGGUUCUGUAACGAGUCUUCUUUAAGACGCCUUUCCUGCACAUUUAACUGGGCAGUCUUAUAAUGCCAGGAUUAUUAACAUGAUAGCUUGAUGGGCGAGAGUUUUGGCUGAGGGGUAUUGGAUAAACAAACCUGAACACUAACCAUGUUAAGGCAAUGGAACUUAUGAAUUCCAAAGGAGCUGGGCAGUCAAUCGAUCAGUCAAUCAGAAUAGAGCUGGCAGGGACCUUGGAGGUCAUCUAGUCCAACCCCCUGCCCAAGCACCCUACACCAUUUCUGACAGAUGGCAGUCCGGUCUCUUCUUAAAAGCUUCCAGGGAUGAAGCUCCCACAACUUCCGAAGGCAACUUCUGUUCCAUGAGUUGAUUGUUCUCCCUGUCAGAAAAUUCCUUCUUGUUUCCAGGUUGAAUCUCUCCUUGAUCAGUUUCCAUCCGUUAUUCGUUGUCUGACCUUCAGGUGCUUUGGAAAAUACCUUGACACCACCACCCCUCUCUGUGGAAGAGUGCUAUCCUGUCUCCCCUGGUCCUUCUCUUCACUAGACUAGCCAUGCCGAGUACUUAACAGAUUAACAAGAGUUGGAAGGGACCUUGUAGGUCAUCUAGUCCAACCCCCUUUCCGAGCAGGAGAUCCUAUACCAUUUCAGACAGGUGGGUGUCCAAUCUCUUCGUUAAAAACCUCUAGUGACAGAGCAUCCACAACUUCUGGAGGCAAGCUGUUCCACAGGUUAAGUGUUUUCUGCUUUGUUUAUUUGAUUUAUAUACCGCCCUACUCCCGAAGGACUCAGGACGGUGAACAGCUACAAAAUAAAAACACAUGAAUACAAAAUUUAAAAACAGAAUAAAACCGAAUUAAACAAUUUGGCCGAAGACAGAUUUAAAACACCCCAAUAAAUUAAGAACGAAUUAAAAUUUGUGUUUUAAAAAGGGAAAAAAUUAGGCCAGGCCAGCCUGAUGGAAUAAAAAGGUC